GUCUCAGCAACAUGGGAUUCUCUUGCAUACGGGGUUUAGGAGCACGAUAGGAUCUGCUGGAUCGAAACUCGUACAGUAACACGGUGUUGCCUGGAAUACACGUCUCCACCUGAGGCUCCCCAGUGGUUCGCACGCCUCACGUUCUGGAAGUUCUUUGGCCAGCCCACGCAAUUCCUUCAAUCUAAAAGUGCUCUAUGCUGUGCAACCAACAGUGAGGCGGGGCGCACAUGUGGGCUUGAUGUGUCUCGGGAGCAUAGGAGCGGCACGGCGCGAGUGAUUUGUCCAAUAUGGCCGAGGGGAGCGGGCAUGCGAGAUUUCAUCUGGCUCUGGUCUGCUAAGCGCGCCCUGCCAGCACGGCGCGGCUACAUGUUUAUGUCCGAGGUACGAAGGCGAGGAGGCGAGUGGUCUCUGAAAUAGCUGUACGUAACACAGCUUUACAUGUAUCUCCAUGUUCUGGCUUACUUGGUGUCCAGCUUAUCCUCGUCAAGAGGACGUGAGGGAACGAGGGAACGAGGGAAUGAGGGAAUGCGUUUGCGACGGCCGUCGUCAUCCCGAACAGGCCACAGCCUUGCACGUUCUUAGGUUGUUUGCUGCUGGCCCGCUGGCCCUGGCCCGACCCUCGAAUGAUGUGCUGGUCAAGAGUCAAGAGUCAAGAGCCAAGAGCCAAGAGUCAAGUAUAUUGAUUAUUCUGGCAUCUGGGCAGGUGAUGUCGGCGUUCGUCCUUUUGGGAAAGGUGACUGCUUCUUCCUCGAGCCCCCUUUUUUGGUCUUUCUGAAUGGCUUCGGCGUGGUCCUCAAACAGGAGUGAGCAUCUGCCCUCGAGCCCACGUGCCCACGUUAUUGGGCUUCCAGCAGCCACGCAGAAGAAGCAAUUCGGAGCACGCGAGACGGUGGGCCAGUGCCGCCACGUUUGCCACUGCCGGGCGUGAGUGAUACAGUACGUACAGGUAGUAUUGGACGAAGCUAAUCUCAGAUUGUUGAUUCCCCGCGUGCAAUCCUCCGAGCUCUUUGGUUGAGCAACUCGAGCUGCUGGGCCGUGGC